GUUCAGUGUCUGUGUGCACUGCAUCCCUGACAGAAAACAUGCGCGAACCGUUGACAAUAACACCGCGGCACUAGUUUAUCUUUUAUCGCAGAGCACGAUAUUUAAAUGCAACAGCAGAAUAGCUAAUUUCGUUAGAAUUAUCGUGAGACUAAAAUGCAAAUGGACAACUAGUGUACGUGUGAGUCCAAUCGCACACUGACGUGAAUCGCACGGCGGAAGCCACACAAGCAGACAGGACUUAUCAACGUAACAUUGACAACCUUUGCACCCUCAGUUGUCUCUAUGGAAACAGAGUACCGUCAGGGAUCAUUGGGCUCUUUGGUUUGUACCCAAGAUGGGGAACCAAUGAGUAGCCAAACCCCGGGUCCAGUAACAUUUCAACCGGGGGCCAAAUCGGACUCCUUCCCAUGUCUGCGGCCCCUUUCUUUUCCCCAGCAGUCCACUGAGGAGGCACGAUGCUCGGGGGAGGUCAUCGUUAUGGUCAAGGAGAAAACAGAGAAUGGUGAUGGGAUUUAUUGUUCCACUAAUGAUGCUUUUGCCUCCAAACCCAUCAUCUCCCCUCCUCCACGCCGGCAUCAUUCUCUCCCUCAUUCGCACCAUCCUCAUGUUAGCCGUACCCGGAUGAGCAGCCGGUCCAGCUCCAUUGCCUACACAGCAUUCUCCCCGCGACCCUCUCUUUCACGGCACUCUAGUAUCGCCACCAACCCUCCAUUGGACCGUUCCAAACCCAAAGACUACCUCAUCCUGGCUGUCAUCGCUUGCUUCUGCCCUGUUUGGCCAAUCAACAUUGUGGGCUUCGUUUACUCCAUUAUGUCCCGUAACAGUCUCGAGCAGGGGAACAUAGAUGGAGCGAGACGUCUGGGUCGUGUGGCGAAGCUGCUGUCUGUGGUCUCACUGGUGGGAGGAGCUGUCAUUAUCAUAGCAUGCGCUGUGAAUCUGGCAAUUAAUGUCAAGUCCUGAGUGCAGUGAGCGUGCCAUGGAAUUCAGCUUUGCAUCAGACCACUGACCGGAACACCACGGCCCAUUUGUUUCACCUCACGGUUGCUGUGACGGCAAUCACAACUUAGAGGGGAAUCAAUAAUCAGAUGCCUCCACCUCAAAGCUAAAAAAAAAAUUUUUUAAAGUAAAAAAAUGAGAGAACCCUUGGUAAUUCGCCCCAAACUGACAUCCCUAUGGAGCAAGAUACUUUCACCGAUGUCUGUUACAGUCAUCCCUAGGCACUUAUUCAGAGGUUGUUGGAGUACUGCAUGGGUAAGAACUCUCACAUCUAAACAUGUACAAAUAUGGCUAACAUUUGGUAAAGGCUAGCUAUACCCAUGCUCUGUCAUAGUGGAGAAUUGCUGGUAUAGCAAAAGUAUUUUUUUUCUCGAUAAAAAAGAAAACAAUCCAAACCAAUAUACAGACAUGGAUUUGUCAGAUUAUUCAUCCAUUGCAGUAUCCGAUGAGAAUCUUAAGCCACUUGUUCUGCUGAGUGUGGCUCAUGCACGAUAAAGUGGAUCUCCGUAGUCAUGAGGAAACACACUCACACAACUGGAAUCAUGACCGUCAAUAUCUGAGACAAAACCGGAUUUAGGAUGUUGACAACAUUUGCUCGCUUUGUUUCGAAACCUCAUAGUGAGCUAUUUAUGAUAAGAUGAUAUGAUCUGUGAGCAAAGAGGAGAGAUAUCUUAGUAACAAGAGUAUUUUUAUGAUUUUAAUGUCAUCAUAUACAUGAGAUUGUUUAAAAAGAAUAGAUUUAUUUUAUCUGAAAUUUUAUACCGUCACAUUAUUUAUGACCAUGAUUUAUUAUUUAUAUUCUGUUCUGUUAAAAAAAAAAUCAUUUUUAUUUUGUUAAAUGACAAUCAAACAAGGAUUUUAACAAGGAAAAUUAGACUGUUCUUGAACAUGAACUCUGGUAUUAAGUCAAAAUGUAGCUAAUAAUCCUGAAAUUAUACAGUGGGGACCAAAAAUCCACAUUGAAAAUCUGGGAUUCCAAAUCUUAUUUAAACAUGGAAAUAUACAAAGAAAACCUAAGGCCAUAAAACAAAUAAGAAAUAUUUAAGAUUCUGCACUAUUUUCAGCAAACAGUUUUGCUGAUAAGUUUAUUUACGAGGACAAAAUGUACUUUGACGAGUGGUCCGAGAUGCUUUGAACCCCACUGUAUAUGCUUUGGAUGUUUCUUUUUUGCAAACUUUUUUUUGCAAAAGAAAAUUAACAUGUGCACCCCUUUUGAUAAAUCAGUAUGUAAGUUCUCACAGACAAGAUAGAUUUGCAUCAUGUGGUAACGUGUUGAAUACUACUUCUGGAAAUAUUCUUUAUAAAAACACACUGUAGAUGCUGCAAACCUUUGUACCGAACUGUGUUGUUGGGUUAUUUAUAUACACUGUGUAAUCUGAAAUAUCUGUAGCUAAUUGUAGCCGAAUCACAACUGAAUCUCACGAUUCCUGCAAUAUUGUAUUAAUUAGCUGUUGUGUUAAUUAACCUGUCUUGUAGAACCAGAUGGGACAUUUGGCUGGUUGAUGAGUCUAAAAGCUCUUGAGGCUGUUAUAGCAGUCAAAACUGGGUUUGAACUGUGAACUAAGUCAUUUAUAAUGAGGAAUAUAUAAUGAUGAGAUUUUUUUUGUUUAGAUUCAAUGGUAUUGCUUAUGCUAUCCGACAAAACUUGUGAUAUGUGAAUAAUUAUAUUUAUGUUAGGAUCCGUAGGUUAAAAUAAUGUAUUUCUAUCUUUUUUAAUGUUUUUAUUUUCAACCUUUCAUUUUUAUUUGUUUUGUUAAUACACUUUAAGGCUCAUGUUUUAGUCAGACCUAAAGGAAAGAGGAAAAGCUGAAAAUGUAACUCUUGUUUGAACUAUUUAGCUAUUAUAAACAUUGUGCACUUAUUUUAGCAUGCACCCUUUUUUCUCUAAUAUUUUGAUAGUCUUGUAAGCAGCACUAUUUCCCUCUAUGUAUCCUCUCAAGGGAAAAUUAAAUAAAGCAUAAAAAGAUCUGA